GUUAGGAAUAUUUUCUAUUUUUAAUUUCUUCAGAGUUGAUUUUGGGAUUCACCAUAGCAAUUGAUAAUCCUUUUAUCAUUUUAAAUCUGAAUUUUUUUCAUCUACAAUCCCCUUUUACUUACAGGAAAUGAUAUAAAUCCUGUAGGUAAAAAACCCCAACAUUUUCCAUAUGGAGAACAAAUGGUAUAGAAAAGAAGGAAGAUUUGUAGCCUAUUUGACCUAUGUUGUAAUUCUGAAAAAUUUAGCACUUAUUAGCUGUGUGACUCUUGGUUAGUCACUUAACUUGUCUGAACUCAGUUUACUCCCAUGUAAAAUGGAAUGAUGAUGUACAUAAAGCGCAUACCUUAGAUUAAAAAUGAUGGAACUUUUACUAUUAUUACUAUACUUAGGUUUAAAUAACUUUUUGAUGUAAAUUAGAUACUGUGAUAACUGCAUUCUAUUUCUGUUUGUUUUGUUUAAGUAACUGUGACUCAAAAGAGCCCGAAGUGUAAUUAUAGCUUCCAGAAGUUGCUUAAUGUACUGUGAGCAAAUUGCUAAAGUAUCAGAAAAAAAGAAAUAUAGUAUAUAAAUUUAAUUAGGGGCUGGUGUUUUCUCUGAAUCUCUUAAUGUUUUUUUUCCACAGGGAGGAAUAAUUUUUUUUUUCAUCUAUAAUUUGGAAGCCAAAUCAGUAACAAAAUGAAACCAGUACAGCAUCUGUUGACCACCAGUAACAAGUCAGCAAAUGUUCCAGAAUUAACUUUUAAAAAAGGACCACAUCAUUUACCAUUGUCACCUAAACUAAGGGAAAAACAUAAUGCAAAACUCAUUCAUGAUAGAAUUGAACCAAUGGUCCUAAGAUCUCCACCAACAGCAGAAUCCAUUGUACGGUAUGCUUUGCCCAUUCCAUCGAGUAAGACAAAGGACUUACUACCAGAAGAAGCAAUGAUCAGAAAAGUUAUCAAACAUCUGAAGAUGGUUGUUUCCACUUUGGAAGAAACCUAUGGACAUUGUGAUGAGAAUGGAGAAGAACCAUUUGUAAAGCGUGAAGAGGAAGAAUUAUCUUUAUCUGCUGGGGAUGAUAUGAAUUCAUUCUUGACGUGUUGUUCACAAUUUGCAGCUCAGCUAGAAGAAACACUUAAGGAAGAACAAAAUAUUUUGGAAUCUCUUUUUAAGUGGUUUCAGUUGCAGGUCAAUCAGAUGGAAGAAAUAAGUAAAGAUCAAACUCUUUUACAAGAAGAGCCUCCAGACCCUGACAAAACAGUCACUUUAAGUCUUGCACAAGUAGUAAGGCUUGCACAAAGAUUUGAAGAACUGAAGAAUCGCCUUAAACAGAGGUCUAAAAACUCCUUGAAAGUCAUGUUGUCUAAAACCAUGAAUAAAGAAAAUCUACCAGAAGCAGUGAAAAGUUGUGAAGAUGUAGCACAGAAAAUGGAAGAAUUCAUAAAAGCCCACUCAACUGAUGAAUUUAAAGAUGUUUCUGCAAUGGAGCCACAAACUGAUAAUUCAAUGACUACUCGAUUUAAUGCCGUGUUGAAAGUAUUUGAAAACCAGGCAAAUAAGUUGGAGAGAGCUGUAAAUGAUCAAGUUUUGUUAGAUGCUGAAUACAAACAGAUACAAUGUGAUUUUAAGUUGUUAUUAGAAGAGAAGUUGGUGCUGGAAAAUGAACUACAAAAGUUGAAGGACACAGAGAAAACCAAGCCUACAAAUGAUAGAAUAAGGAAAGCUGUAAAAACACAGAAGAAAAAAGGCAAAGGAAAAUCUGAGGAUUCAGAAGAGAAGAUGUCUCCAGAAAAAGAGUUUAAAAUAGAAGAUUUGCAUCAAGUACAGAAAGUGGCACAUGCUCUGGAAAUUGAGAACAAAGUCCUUCAGGAGCAAUUGAAACAGGCUUUACAGGAAGCUGAAAAAGCUAAGCAUCAACUUAACUAUUUCCUAAGUCAAGAUAAGAAGUUACGUAAAAGUGAGGGGAAAAUCGAGACAACAAUGGAAGUGGGUAAUAAUCAAACAAAAGUUAAAGGUGAAGAUUCAAAAAAUAUACCACUGAAAAAAGAAACAAGAAAAUCACUGAUUCCAGAUUCAGGUGGACAAAGGACAAAUGAUAAAAUCCAAGAAUAUCCACAGAUCUCUGCCCAAAGUGGAAGACCAAUUGAAAAAAGCUCAGAGAAGAAACGAUCUAGCCCUGCUAUUUCAGAUCUUUCACAGAUCCUUAAGUCUCAAGAUGAAUCAACUUUUUUAGAGAGUUCAAAUGAAGCUUCAGUUGCUGAAGACCUAGCCUAUAAAUCUCCAUCAGAGACCCAUGAUAAAUCACUUGCAACAAUAUCAUCCAGCAAAGAAAUUCAGGAUUCACUGUCUGUUGGAACAUUGGCUCAAAAAAAUGAAACAGUGAUAUCACCAUUCAUUUUACCUCCUGUUCUUACAGAAAGUAAAAAGGCAGAUGUUUCAGAAGAACAAUUACAACAGAAGACUGAGAAACAAACUUACCAAGCAGCAGAAAAAUCUCAAGCUGACAGUGAAGUUCCAGAUGAAAAUCUUAUGGCUGUAAAUAAAGAUUCAGUAACAAAAGUCCAAAUAGAACAAAGAACUUAUAGUAUGGAAAGACAAAAUGCGACUCUUAUAACCCCACAAUCGCCUGAGGAUGUGGUUUUAGUUUCAAGAAGCCAAUCUCAAACUAAAAAUCUUGACGCUACCGGAAGUGAGAGUUUUCAUUCUCAUUAUGAUGCACCAGAAGAAAAUCUUACGCUUGAACAAGACACAAAGUCAAAAAUGGAAGUGGAAGUAAAGAAACAAAAAUCUUUUCAAAAUAAUCAACUUGACACUCAUAAUGAAGUAACAAAUGAAGGGCUUGUAGUUGAGCAUCAAGAAUCAAUGUCAAAAACUAAAUUGGAAGUAAAGCAACAAGAAAAUUCUGUAGAGCAACAACUCACUGCUCAUGAUGAAGAACCAGAUGAGAAUCUUAUACUUAGGCAUCAAGACUCAGUGUCAAAAUCAGAAAUGCAAGUGAAGGAACAAAGAACUCUCAAAGGGCAAAGAAUUACUACUCACGAUGAAGAACCAGGCAAAAAUCUUGUGCUUGAGCAUCAAGAUUCAGUGUCAAAACUUGAAAGGCAAAUAAAAAAAACAAAAAAACUCCCCAUAGAGAAAAGACAUAGUACUCAUGAUGAAGAAUCUGGUGAAAAUCCUAUGCUUAAAAAUCAAGAUUCAGUGUCAAAAAUCCAGGUGCAAUUGGAGAAAGAAGAAACUUCUAGAGAAGGAUGUAGUACUCCAGAUAAAAAUCCUAUGUUGGUUCAUCAGGAGUCAGUGUCAAAACUCCAAAUGCAAGAAAAGAAGAAAAUAACUCCUGGAAAGGAAAGGCGUAAUACUCAUUUUGUAGUGCCAAAUGAAAAUGUGACUUUUGUUCAUCAAGAUUCAGAGUCAAAACUCCAAAUACAAGAUAAGAAACAAAUACAUUUUGUAGUAGAACGGCGCAAAACAUUUCCUUUUGAAACCCGAAAAAAGGAUAUAUCACUUGAACAUCUAUUGCCUGAGGAGAAAGUUUUAUUAUCAAGAAGCCAAUCUCAAACCAAGAAACUUCAAGCUAAAGUAAUUUCAAUAAAAAUUAAAAAUGAAGGAGCCUCAGAACUUCCAGAUACAGCAGAAAAUCCUUCAGCAGUGUAUCCAUCAAUUAGUGACCUAAUAAUUCAAUUUGAUUUAAACAAAGUGGUUGAGACUGAUAUAGAAAGCUUGAAGGGUGCUUUGGGAAGACGCUUAUUAAAGGAUGAAUUCAAGACACAGUUAAAGAGUUUUCCUGGGCCUAAUAUAGAACAAUUGACAGAUGCAUUUGGAAGAAAUAUACUAAAGGAUGAAUUCAGACCAAUAUCAAAGAGUCUCCCUGAGACUGAUGAACGAUUGCCUAGUGCAAUGGAGAGAGGUACAAUAAGUGAUGAAAUUAAGACACAGUUAAAGAGAAAGAGUUAUCCUGAGGCUGUCCUAAAACGCUUGAAAGACAUUAAUGGAAAAGAUAUCAUAAAGCAGCUAAUGAACAUACAAUUAAAGAGUCAUGCAGAGCCUGCUAAGGAACACUUGACAGAUGCUAUUGGAAGAGGUAUAAUAAAAGGAUCAGUCAAUGUACAACUAAGGGCUCACCAGGAUAUUGAUAAGAACUUCUUUUCAUACGCUAUUGGAAGAAGUAUAAGGAAGGAGUCAAUGAAGGCACAAUUAAAAAGUCACCCAGAGACCUAUAAGGAAUUCUUGGCAGAUAAUAUUGGAAGAGGUAUAAUACUAGGGCCAAUCAUUACACAACUAAAGACUCACCCAGAGACUGAUAAAGGACUCUUAAAAGAUGCUAUUGGAAGAGAUAUAAUAAAGGGACCAAUCAAUACACAAUUAAAGAGUUACCAGGAGACUGAUAUAGAACCCUUGACAAAUGCUAUUGGUUCAAGUAAAACAACUGGUGAGACAAAGACACAACCAAGGACUCACUAUGAUGUGAACGUAUUUAAACAUAAAGAUAUGUCCAUACAACGUCAAGAAGGUAUCUUUGCUAGGAGAAUUACACCAAGUAAAUUCCCAACAAAAGUGAUCAAUUUAUCACCCUUUGAAAAUAAAGCGGAAACUUAUGAGUACUCUUCACCCUAUGCAACCGCACCUUCGCCCUAUGUGACUUCACCUUCACCCUAUGUGACUGCACCUUCAAAAGCAAUUUAUAGAAUACAUAGGGCUGGUUCAAGCUUUUCUAAAAACAUAUACUUUCCUUUACUGAAUCAACUCCCUUCAGGGCAUUCGAAAGUUGUUACCUUAAGCCAAAAAACUAUUGACUUUACAAAUACUCUGCCUGCUGUGACCACAAUCAUAAAACCUACCUAUAAAGAGUUACAUGCUGCUACCCGAAAAUCUGUACCACACCCAUACUUUUGAGAAUGAAGGAAAUUCUGAGCAAGAUAAGCAACAUGACAAAUUCAGAAAUGCAGCAAAGAAAAUUGCAAGUAUGGAAGCCUUUUGAAAAUAACACUGACUUGUGUGGAUGAUGAUUAUUGAAAAAUAGCCAGAAAUACAGUGGAUAAACAGGGUAGAAGAUCAUAGAAGGUCUGACAAGGCAGUGGUGAGUUUGAAAGUUUCAAAUUACUUUUCUUCUUUUUAAUUUUAAAAAAGGUAUGCAAUUAAUCUUUUAAAUCACAAAUAAUAUUCACCCCAUUCAAAAUAUUAAUUUUUUGAAGUGUAUAACCCACUUAAGAUGUAAAAAAUAUAUGACAAUAAUCUGCUAUGUGUUAAAGCAUAUUCUGUAGAAUUUGUAAUGGCACAAAAUAUAACUGCUAAUAAUUUUAAAGAUAUGAUUCUUGCCAAUCAAACGUUUUAUAACACUAAAAUAUUAUUCAUAGCUACCUUUUUCUAUCCCCUGAAAAGCAUAAAUAUUAUUGGUUAUAAAAUUGUCUUAAACACAUCCUGGGUUAUCACUGACAUACACAUUUAGACUGACAGAAUAUUCUUUUAUGCCUUAAAUGUUCUUAUUUUUCCAUAGCAAGAAUCAGAGGAAUGAGCAGUAAUAUUAAUCUAUCUAAAUAUUUUGGAGUUAUGUAUCUGCCAAAAAAUAAUAAAGAAAAUUGGAUUUCUAGUCAAACAAAAUAAAAUGAAAUAAAAUAAC